UGACGUACAUAAUCACGGCCUGACUUUCCCGAGCCUUUGUUCCAUUUCGGCACUUUAUCUUCAUUUCACGUUUCCUCUGAGUUUCUCGGAGCCUUCUCAUUUACAAUGGCGGAUGAACCCACUAAGGUAGCCGGAGGCGAAGAGGAGGAAGAGACUCCCGGGUACAAGCCUCCAGCGCAGAAAACUUUAGACGAGAUCCAGAACUUGGACUCGAAUGACGAAUCCUUGAAGAAGUACAAGGAUGCCUUGCUCCAAGGAUCCAAGGACUUGUUGGAUGAGGGUGGCAAGAACGUGAUUGUCAAGUCUAUUGCUCUCAUCGUGCCUGACCGGUCCGACGUCGUCCUUGACCUUGCAGGAGACGUCACGACUCUCAAGGAGAAGCCCUUCGUCAUCAAGGAGGGAUCUUCAUUCAGUCUCAAAAUUACUUUCAGAGUCCAGCGUGAGAUCGUUGCGGGUCUGAAGUACUUGAACACGUACUACCGAAAGGGUGUCCGUGUGGACAAGGCUUCGUUCAUGUUGGGAAGUUAUGGCCCCAAGAACGAGACCCAGUCGUACACUACCCCAGUUGAUGAGGCGCCAAGUGGAAUGCUGGCUCGUGGCAAGUAUGUCAUCAAGAGCAAGUUCCACGAUGACGACAAGAAUGUCUACCUCGACUGGGAGUGGGCAAUGGAAAUCAAGAAGGACUGGUGAAGUGUCCUGCCGUCAACCUCGAAUGUACAUAAUAUUUGCCCUUCCAUCCUGAUCGCACUCUUGUAUGCGUAUGGCUGUGAAUGCUCUCUCUUCUUUCUUCUAUCACUCUUUUCUCUUUUUCUUUUUCUCCCUCUAUCAUACUCUUCCUUCUCUUGCACACCCUUUCUUCAAGGCCACUUUUGUUUUCUUUUUAAUGCUGCUGGUAGUGUUAUUUCAAUCAAGUAUCCAUGGUUUCAAUCAAUGAAUGCCUAACAAAGUGAUGACACAUUGCCUCAUGUGUGUGUACAUAUUAACCAUUUGUUAAGAUUAGCACUAGAACACAAUAAUAUUUUUCCCCAUCACCAGA